AUGAAGUCGAAGACCUCCCAGCCCGUCUCAUCCUCGCAUGAUGAGAAUGUUCCUUCCCCAGUCGAGACCCCUGUUGAACAGGUGGACACACAAAAAGCCUGGAUCAUCGGCGGCAAGUACCGCGAUGAAAUGUACGACGACCAGUCCCAGAACGUCGAAAAGAGCUUGUUACAAGAAGUGGACUUCGACCUCCCUCUUACCACGCUGAAGCCCACCCAGCACGAUGGCCAACAAGUCCUUGUGCUCGAGUUCGUCCAGGGAGACAAGGAAAACCCGUUCAAUUGGAGCGGCAAGAGAAAGGCAUUUAUCAGUGUUUUGCUUUGCAUGAUGACACUAUUCAUCGGUCUCGCCACGACAGCCUACAGCUCGGGGGUCUCCCGAAUGACGCAGGAGCUGGGGGUGUCAGAAGAGCUGGGACAAUUGGGUUUGUUCACUUUUAACUUCACCUGUGCUCUGGCCCCUCUGUUCCUGGCCCCGUUCUGCGAGCUCGCUGGCCGCCGAGUCAUCUAUGUGGGUGCCUAUGUCUGUUUUGCCAUCAUGUUCAUUGGUCUCUCUCUGGGCAAGAACAUUGCCACCAUUGUGAUUUGCCGUGCGCUGCUCGGUCUGUUCGGCUGUGUUGGAACUAUUCUGGUCGGUGGUACCUUCGGUGACAUGUACACCCCGGCGCAUCGUGCUAUUCCCAUGGCCUCUUUCUCGUACGUCGCCAUCUUCGGUACGGUUGCCGCGCCGAUCUAUGCUGGAUUCAUUGAUCAGGCUCUGGGCUGGCGAUGGGUUGAGGGAAUUCAGGGUCUUGCCAACAUCCCCCUGGUCAUUGUCAUUGCCAUCUUCCUGUGCGAGACCCGUGGCGGUGUGACUCUGAAGAAACGCGCCAAAAUGCUACGCAAGACGACUGGAGAUGAGCGUUUCGUGACGCACAACGACCUUGAAGCUCCCGGCAUCAAAAAGAUGCUGCACAACUCGUCCGUCAAGGCUAUUCGCAUGCUGUUCACCGAGCCCGUCGUGUUUGCCUUUGGUCUGUGGAUCAGCUUCGCGUGGUUCCUGACCUUCCUCUUCCUUUCCGUGAUCCCCAUCACCUUCCAGGAGAAGCGUGGAUGGAACGAGGGCGUGUCAGGUCUGCCGUACAUUUCGCUGUGCAUCGGUACCACAAUCGGGUUCGGCUUGAACUUCUUCCAAAUCCGCAAGUACGAAUCGAUCGUGGCCGACACGACCAAGAAGGUCUACCCUGAGGCCCGUCUGUACGGCGCCAUGUGCGGCGCAGUCUGGUUGCCCAUCGGUCUCUUCAUCUACAGUUUCACCCAGUAUGCCCACCUGCACUGGAUCGGUCCGGUCAUCGGGCUGGCCCUGAUCGGUAUCGGUAUUUUUUUCAUCUUCGAGUCUUGCUACAGUUAUACCUCAGACUGCUAUGGCGAGAACUCGUCGUCCGCCAUCGCCGGGCAGGGUUUCAUGCGGAACACCUUGGGAGCCGUAUCGCCCCUAUUCGCCACGCAGUUCUUCCACAACUUGGGAAGCCAGUAUGCCGGGCUGCUCCUGGCGCUCGUGGCGACCCUCCUCACUUUCAUCCCGUUCGUCCUCUACAAGUUUGGACCGGACCUGCGCGCACGAUCUCGGCUGGCCAGCUCGACUGUCAACGCGGGUUCUGAGGACCAAGAUGAGGACAGCCCUUGA